GGCGGUUACGAAUGCAUAUUCCCAGAAGACGGUGCUUGACGCGAUAACUAUCUCCUUUUCCCUUCAUCCACCGCUUCAACGCCCGUCGAGCGCCUUGUCUUCACCUCAUCCUUGCAAUUUAGUGACUUGCGCAGAAAGAUCAUGCUUUUCUCUUCCAUACCACCUCUUCUCUGCCUUGCAGUCGCCGUCUCGGCACAGCAAGAUGGUGCGCGAUUCUACGGCUAUGGCUCCGGCAUCAAAGGAUAUCCUUUAUUCUAUUCAGACGGUGCGUAUACGGAGCCGAAAGAAUCGCGUAAUGGCUAAUGUUCUCGCAGGCGGCGCAUAUGUUGGAAUUGCACCACCGCCAAACGCUGGUUUCUCAACCAAUGUUACUCGUAAGCUUCGUGGUUCUUCAACGAUCUCUGUUUGAAUCUGAG